AUGCCCCAAUUCAUGUCCUGGACUUCUGGCAUCCUGAUGUUGCUGUGGCUGAUCGCCCCCAGCAAAGCCUGCACUUGUGUCCCACACCAUCCCCAGAUGGCCUUCUGCAACUCUGACAUUGUCAUCAGGGCCAAAUUCAUGGGCACUGCAGAAGUCAACCAGACCAGCUUAUACCAGCGUUAUGAGAUCAAGAUGACGAAGAUGUUCAAAGGGUUCAGUGCCUUGCGGGAUGCUUCUGAUAUCCGCUUCGUCUACACCCCUGCCAUGGAAAGCGUCUGUGGAUACUUCCAUAAAUCCCAGAACCGCAGCGAGGAGUUUCUCAUUGCUGGACAACUUCGGAAUGGGUUCCUGCACAUCACCACCUGCAGCUUUAUAGUUCCCUGGAGCAGUCUGAGCUCUGCUCAGCGCCGAGGUUUCACAAAGGCCUACGCUGCGGGCUGUGAGGCAUGCACAGUCUUUCCCUGUUCAUCUGUGCCUUGUAAGCUGGAGAGUGACACCCACUGCCUGUGGACAGACCAGCUCCUCGCAGGCUCUGAGAAGGGCUUCCAGAGCCGCCAACUUGCCUGCCUGCCACAGCAACCAGGGCUGUGCACUUGGCAGUCUCUGAGGCCCUGGGCAGCAUGA